CACUAGGUGCAGUGCUGGAUCUGACCGCUCUGUUUCCGCUCUACAACAGACUCCAAUACAGUGUAUGUGCUGGGGAUGGUCUAGAAGAGGAAAGGGAUGGAUCAGAAACAGGUUGAAGAAUUCCUCAGAAUUCUGCAUCUUUGUGACAGUUUAUAACCUGCACCAAAGACAGUCACACUCCCUGAAGCCCCAAAUAGUGGAAGCACAAUCCAUCUUACCUUUUAGCCACUACACAAGGACAAUGGCUAUGAAACCAGCAUGAGGAGUAAUCAAGGUUGCUGUCAUUUUGGCACACUACUAGCAUUUGCCUUGACUGGGAUGCCAAUACAGGAUUAUAUAUGCUAUAAAACAGUAGUGCAUCAAUAUAUGAUAGUGAGUGUAUUUUGGAGCCGCUGUCUUUGCCAGAAAGUCCAUGUGGUGUAGCUGCUGUGGAAGAGUCUCCAUCUGUGCCUUGUAUUUUCUGUGAAGAAUAUUUUCCACAAGCAGAACAAGACCAACUUCUGAAGCACAUGAUUAUUGAACACAAGCUUGUCAUAGCAGAUGUCAAGCUGGUUGCAGAUUUCAGAAGAUACAUUUUAUAUUGGAAGAAGAAGUUCACGGAGCAGCCCAUCACAGAUUUCUGUAGUGUGAUAAGAACAAAUUCAGAAGCUCCAGUAGAGGAACAGGACAAUUAUUUUCUUUUAUGUGAUGUUUUACCAGAAGACAGAUUACUAAGAGAACAGCUCCAGCAAAAGAGACUGAGAGAAAUUCUGGAGCAACAGCAGCGUGAAAGAGAUGAUACGAGCUUUCAUAGCAUAUGUAUGUUUUGCGAUAAAGAAUUCACAGGAAACAGGUCUGUUCUUUUCAAUCACAUGGCAAGAGAUCAUGCUUUUAAUGUUGGGCUGCCCGAUAACAUUGUAAAUUGUAAUGAAUUUUUGGCUGCAUUACAGAAGAAACUUGACAAUUUGCAGUGUUUAUACUGUGAGAAAACCUUCAGAGACAAAAAUACACUUAAAGAUCACAUGAGAAAAAAGCAGCAUCGCAGAAUCAAUGCCAAAAAUACAGAAUAUGACAGAUUUUAUAUCAUUAAUUACUUGGAAUUUGGAAAGUCCUGGGAGGAAGUUCAGUCGGAAGAUGACCGAGAAUUGCUAGAUAACCUGGAAGAAGACUGGUCUGAUUGGGAGGAGCAUCCUGUCUGUGCAGUUUGCCUGUUUUGUGAAAAGCAAGCAGACACUACCAAAAAAUUAUGUUUCCACAUGAAGGAAGCACAUGGAUUUGACCUUCUUAAAAUAAAGGCAGAGCAUGGUUUGAAGUUUUAUCAGCAAGUGAAGUUAGUGAACUUCAUCAGAAGGGAAAUCCACCAGUGUCGAUGUUACAACUGCAAGGAGAUGUUUCAGUCUAAGACUGAAUUAAUAAGUCACAUGGAAGUGACCAAACACAUUACAUUCCUGCCAACCAGGUCUACAUGGGAUCAACCACAGUAUUAUUUUCCUACCUAUGAAAACGAUACACUCCUAUGUACACUGUCAGACAGUGAAGAUGAACUGACAGCCAGGGAUCAAAUCGAAGAUGUCCCUAUCAUUAGUGAAGAUAUUUCCGACCUAGAGGCUCUGAGACAAAGCAGUGUUUUAAACCAACUUCUGCGUGAAUAAAACAACAAUUAAGGAAAGCCUAAACAUUGAGAGAGAGGUUUACCAAUCUUCAGGCAUUCUACCUGCAAGACUAAAAGGAAAACUCUGAUCUCACUUACAUGCUAGUGUGAUUUAGCCCAUGAUUGCUAUAAACACAGACUGUAAAUGAAUGGGAGUACCAAAUAAAGAAAAUAGGCAAUAAAAACUGUGUGUAAACUUAUA